GGAGAGGUCUCAUCACAUCUUCCCAGGUGACCAUGGCAGGUUAUCGCAGCAAACACUCUCCCACUUGAACCACUGCGGAGCUGCUGGAUCUGCUCAGUAUAUGGGAAGAGGAGGCUAUGAAGUCCCAGCUGCGCUUGAGCCAUAGGAAUUUUGAUACCUAUGGGCAGAUUUCUCAAAGCUUGUGCAAAAAGAGCUAUGAUCAGGACACAGUGCAGUGCAGAGUGAAGAUAAAGGAGCCAAGGCAGACAUACCAUAAGGCGAGGGAGACAAAACGUCUCUCCAGUGCUGCACCUAAGACCUGCCAGUUCUAUAAGGAGUUAGAUGCCAUCCUCAGUGGUGACCCCACCUCCACCACCAAGAGCCCCGUGGAUACUUCAGUGGGCCUGGAGAUGGUGGAAAGAGGACCUAACCCGGAGGAUGAAGUCACUGAUGAAGAGGUGGAGUUAGAUGAUGAUGUGGAGCUCCCAGUGGGGCAGGCAGCCAGGAACUAUUCACCACUCCGGAGACGUCUAGCCAGUCUCAGCAGUUGUUCUCUGGUGAGCAAGAAGCAGGAGAGGAGACACCUGGUAAAUGGCUGUGGUUUAUGUAGUGUGGAGCAGAUGUGGCCCUCAGGAACACCCCACACAACCCGGCCGAGCAUCUCCACCAGGUAAGAAAGCACCCAAGACGGAGCAAAGAUGACAUGUUCCGGGAGGUACUGCACUUCUCCAAUGCAAAGAAAAGGGAACGCAAGAAGUGGAGGGAAGCCGAAAGGCAUGACAGAAAAGAAAAUCAGGAAUUUGCUAAGGACGCUACUGAACGGAUGAUUCAAGUCAUGGAGGAGCAAAGGCAGAUGCUGAAGUCCUUAAUAAUGCUGCAGACUAAGCAGAUGUGUGUGUGCCCGCCCUCUCCUGCAGCACAUUCAAAAAACUCUUUUCCAUGCCCCCCCCCCCAAACGCCACCCGCAUAGUCUUUUCCACUUUCUGGGACUUCUUGGUUUACCCUUCACUCCACCCUCUUGGACAACUUUCAAAAUGAUAUCUGGA